AUGUCAGAUCUUACUUUUGAGGUAUUAAAAGCUCAGGCUGAGGCAUUAGGCCUUCAAGGGAAUGAUAUUGCUCAGUAUGUCAUUAGUCAACAGACACUUGCACGAGAGGAGAGAGCAAAAGAAAGAGCAUUUCAGAAGGAACAAUUAGAAGCAGAGAAAGAAAGGGUUAAACUUGAACAUGAACUUCAGAUGGCUCGUUUAAACAAUUCUUCAGCCAGUUCAUUCACUCCAGCUCUUUUUGAAGGCGCCUCGUGCCCUAGUUUGCCCGUUUUUAAAGAUGGGGAAGAUAUAACCUCAUAUUUAAUCAAGUUUGAGCGCAUUGCCAGUUUGUUAAAUUUCAGGGAGGAAACUUAUGCCAUUAGACUAGGAAGUUUGUUGACAGGAAAGGCAGUUGAUAUCUACACCUCGCUGCCUCCCAAAGUUACAUCAGAUUAUCAGUUGUUAAAAAAAACUCUCUUACGGGGUUAUAGUAAAAUUCCAGCAAGUUACAGGAAUGAUUUUAGAUCAGCGAAGAUAAAAUGUGGAGAAACCUAUGAGCAAUUUGCUGUGAGACUUGGUCGAUUAUUUGACUAUUGGGUGGAUGCGUGCAACAUCACCAAAGAUUAUGCCUCUCUUCGUGACUUUAUGUUGCUGGACCAACUAAUGUCUUCCAUUUCCCCAGAUCAGCGGGUAUAUGUGAAAGAGCACAACGUUUCCUCUUUAUCUAAUGCAGUAAGUCUGUCAGAUAAUUGGGCAUCUGCUCACAGUGUAUACCCCAAGUCAUAUCAGUCCUCUGACCAACCUUAUAAACAGUAUUCCUCAGUUCCAACUCAUAAAGUUGGAUUUAGACUGAGUGACAGAGGGAAUUCAAAGUUUAUGACAGCUGGUACCUUGAAUGGGGUUUGGGUCUCCACUAUUCUCAGAGAUACAGGGUGCACUUGUGUUAUUGUAUCUGACAAAGUUUUACCUGAUGUUGAUGUCUCUAGUGCUGAUCUGGUGGGGAUAGAAGAUUAUCUGGGCCGGGUGGAUUAUUUUCCCAAAAUUAGAUGCCUUUUGAAGUGCCCAUACUUUGAAGGUUGGGUUGAUGUGGUGAGAGGACCUAUUAAAUUUUACAGUAUUUUGGUUGGGAAUGUACCAGGGGCAUAUACUCCCAAAUUAUCUCGAGAUUCUGACUUAAAUACAACUCGACAUAUUAAUACCACUUUUGAUUAUUCCUGUGCAAUACAAACUAGAUCCUCUAAAAUUAAAAGGGUUCACCCUUUAGUCUUACCAGAGAUUGAACCCCUUAAAGUAACCCCCAAGGAAUUUGCAAAAUUGAAGGCAGAAUGUCAUUCUCUGACCCAAUUUUGGAAAAAGGUUAAGUCUGAAGAACUUGAUAAAAUGCGAGACGGCACAGAGUUUAAGUAUGAGCAAAGAAUGAAAUCAGAAAUGCGUAUUAAGGACCAUUUCUAUUGGCCAAACAUGGGAGCUAAAAUCAGGGAUUUUUGUAAGUCUUGUGAUAAGUGUCAGAGGAUGUCGACUAAGGGUAGAGUAAGACCAGUACCAUUAAAGUUUAUGCCUAUUUUAACGGAGCCAUUUUCUCGUGUUUCCAUUGACUUGGUAGGUCCAAUUUCUCCUCCAUCUUCUGAGGGCCACCGUUAUAUCUUAACCUUGAUCGAUUUUGCAACUGGUUUUCCAGAAGCAUUACCUCUUAAGGAGAUUAAUUCUAUAUCUGUAGCCGAAGCCCUUCUGGUGAUCUUUUCAAGGGUUGGCAUACCUCGGGAAAUUUUGUCUGAUAGAGGAAGCGACAAACCACGAGAAUGGCACAGAUAUCUUGUCCCCACAUUGUUUGCUAUGUGUGAGAUUCCUAGCGAUCGAACUGGGUUUUCAGCUUUCGAGCUACUUCAUGGACGAACAGUUCGGGGGCCACUUUCAGUUUUAAGGGACUUGUGGGAAGAAACAACUAUUAAAGAGGAUGAUAGAUCAUCUUUUCAAUAUGUCAUCGAAUUAAAAGAUAAGUUGGACGAGUGUGCCAAAAUUGCAGCUCAAAAUUCUGAGAUUAGUUCCUCGAAAUUCAAAUCUUACUUUGACUUAAAAUGUCAGGAUAUGAAGUUUAGUCCAGGUGAGGAAGUUCUUGUACUCCUCCCUGAUAACAGUAACAGAUUACUCAUGUCUUGGAAUGGCCCGUAUACUGUUCUGGAGUGCCGUAACAAGGUAAAUUAUCUUAUUGAUGAAGGUGGAAAACCCAAAUGA